AUAUAUAUACAUCCCAGGUUUGUUUGGGGUUGAUCCUUCAUGAUUCUUGUAGUCUGUCUCAUAUAUAUUUGCUCACUUAUAUAUUGCAUAUAUUAUCUCUUAACAAUUGAUGACACAUAUGGGUUCUGAUACAAAGAAACUAAGGCAAAAUCAUGAUGACACUAAAGAAACAGAAAAAUGUGUUACGGUGGAACAACAUGGUGCCUCUGUGAUGGAAAGUGGCCGUGAUAGUGGUGGUGUUGCACACACUAACCAGCAGGUGGUUCCACCAAGUGAAGAGAUGAUCCUGAAAGAGUUCACAUUUUCUGAGCUACAGAGGGCCACAAGGAAUUUUGGGCAGGAUAUGGUGAUUGGAGAGGGUGGUUUUGGGAGGGUUUACAAAGGGUGGCUGGACAGCGAUAAAAUUGCCGUGGCCAUUAAGAAAUCCAAAGCCGAAAGUGAUCAAGGUCUCCAAGAGUGGCAGGCGGAACUGAUGUAUUUGGGAAAGUUUAGUCACUCAAAUCUUGUUAAACUCCUUGGAUAUUGCUGGGUCGAUAUAGAUUACUUUCUCGUUUAUGAAUUUCUGCCAAAUCGAAGCUUAGAAGACCAUCUCUUCAGAAAUGGUGCAGAACCACUUUCAUGGUAUGCGAGAAUUAACAUAGCUAUCGGAGCAGCUCAAGGCCUUGCGUUCUUGCACAAUACAGAAAAUAAAAUCGUUUGUAGGGACAUGAGAUCGUCAAAAAUUUUGUUAGAUGAGGAUUUUAAUGCAAAGAUCUCUAUUUAUGGGUUAGCGAAGUUUGGUCCGAAUAAUGGAGAGUCUCACUUCUCAACAGCCAUAGCAAGCACAUAUGGUUAUGCAGCUCCUGAGUAUAUUGCUAAAGGUCAGUUCAAUUUCAAGACUGAUGUUUAUGCGUUUGGGAUGGUGAUGCUGGAGAUUAUGACGGGGAUUCGAGCUAAUGACGGUAAACAACAUGCAAUGAAGCAUAACUUAGUGAACUGGACUAGACCUUUCUUCCUAAGUGAUAAGAAGAGAGUAGAAAGAAUUAUGGACCCAGAGUUAGAACACGACUAUCCAGCAAAAGGCGCCCGAAAAGUCAUUGGGCUCAUCACAAAUUGUGUAGAAACAGAUCCCAAGAAGCGGCCUUCUAUGAAAGAAGUUGUAUCGGUUUUGCAAGGUAUCAAUGCAAUCAAAUGGAAACCGAACCGGUCAAAGACAAACACUAGACAACCGAGAAAGUAUUGUCAUCAAAACCAAAUAACACAGCUUAACCCCGGUACCGUUGUAGACACUCCAGAGGAAUACUACCUCCGUUUUCCAGUAAAAAACAUUGAUGACAUUCCUGAUUACAACGAGGAAGUUGGUUUAUCCAUCAUUGCUACUGUUAUCGGUUUUGACUUUGAUGAAGGCUGGUAUUCUUUUUAUUGUCGCAAUUGUUCAAAAAAAGUGACUAAAAAUGACGUUGAUAAUGCUGUUGAACCCUUCAAUUGUGACGUUUGUGGCAGAGUUUCAGAUGUAUACAAAAAGACCAGGGUCGUAAUUCGUGUUCAAGAUGAAACCGGGUCUUCUUCCUUCAUAUUGUUUGAGCGCCAUGUAAAAGAUCUGAUCCAUUGCGGUAAAGAAUGGUUGAUGGAUAAAAUAUCAAAGGAUCAAGGACGUCAGAAUAUCCCCGACGAGUUCAACACAUUGCUUAAUAGGAAGUUUGUCUUCAAAGUUCAGAUCUCCAAGUUUAAUCUUGAGAACAAAUCUCUCGCUUACACUGUGCAUAGAUUGACUGCUGAUGAAAGUGUACUUGAUGAGGUUUUCAAACGGUCAUCUACUUAUGAACUAUAGAGUAUUCAUGAUGAUGGUGAAGCCGUGAAGAAAGAUUUAGUCCAUGGUGACUGUUGAGAUUAUUGAUGACAAUUAAUGUCGAGGUUGUUAAUCUUAUUGCUACCUUAAAAUUACCUUCUUUUUUUUUUUUGAAAAGUUGGAAUAAUCUAGAUACAUUUUAUUUUUACGAUAUUUAUGCACCUUUUGUGAUUUAAUCGUUGUGUGUUGCUCAAUGGGUUUGGCUCCUCAAAGUCAUUUCUUUGUUUUUGGAAUUUUAUGGCGGCUGUUAAUUGGUUUUAACACGAUGUAAUUCAUGUUGUUUAAGAAAAUUUUAGAUAUAUUUUUGCUACUU